AUGUCAAGAGCGCGAGUGAUCGACGGCAAAGCCAUUUCGAAGGCGCUGCGUGAUGCGCUCAAAGGCGACGUGGCCGCUCUCACUGCCAAGUAUGGACGGGCACCAGCACUUGGACUCAUCAUGGUAGGAAACCGUAAGGACUCGGCGCUGUACGUACGCAACAAGCACGUAGCCUGCCGUUGCACGGGCAUUCGAUCCGAGAACUUUCUCUUCAAUGAAGAUGUCUCCCAGGACACUAUUGUGCAAAAGGUGGAAGAGCUCAACCAAGACCCGACCAUUGACGGUAUUCUAGUACAAUUGCCAUUACCUGGGAAGGAGUUGAGUGCACGAGAGAUCAUUGAUCGCAUUCAGCACGACAAGGACGUGGAUGGCCUUCACCCGUUCAAUGCCGGCGAGCUGGCCAUGCGUGGACGAUAUCCCUACUUGAUCCCGUGCACGGCAAAGGGAAUCUUAGCUUUGCUAGAUGACCAGCACAUUUCGUUGCGUGGCAAAACAGCAGUGAUCAUUGGACGCAGCAAUUUGGUGGGUAAUCCGGUCAGCAUGUUGCUGCAAAAGCGCAAUGCCACGACGAUUCUUUGUCACUCAAAGACGGUGGAUCUGCCGCGGUAUGUGCGUCAAGCUGAUGUGGUAGUAGCGGCGUGUGGACAGCCUUAUCUUGUACGAGGUGAAUGGUUGAAGCCAGGUGCGACGGUCAUUGAUGUCGGUAUCAACUUCGUGCGUGAUGUGGAUGACACAUAUCAUGGCGAAGCGAAUUCUGACGGCUUUAAGCUCGUUGGUGACGUCAAUUUUGCCGAAGCAUGUGGAGUAGCAAGGAUCGUUACACCUGUGCCCGGCGGUGUAGGACCUAUGACUAUUGCUAUGUUACUGCACAACGUCGUUGAGGCGUUUAAGCGCAGGAUGGACAUUGGAAAAAAGAUUGUGCUAUGA